AAGAAGUUGAACUAGCAUCUACCAAACUAAAAAUUUGACAUUACUGCAGCCAGUUUCUCCUACUUAUAAUUAAUAAUUAAUAUUUCCUAUCAUACUACUCUGUAUGAAUAGUUGUAAUAUUUAAUCCUUCAGUAUGCGUGUAAUUAUUAUUCGUGACUAAUUUCGAUUUUACGUUCAUGUACUAUCAGUAUUGUGGUGUUAGUGUUGAAAAGGUUUAAGCAUAGAAUAGGUGAUACCUGAUUUAAUUUUUCUGUAGUAUAAAUAAGCUUUUGAACAUAUAAACAUAUAAGUAAAAAUAUAUCAAAUACUCUUAAAAUGGCUGAAACAGAAGUAAAAAAAUACUCUAUGGAUGAAGUACGACAACAUGUUGAUGCUAAAAAUCCAUGGAUUGUUAUCCACGACAGCAUAUAUGAUGUAGCUGAAUUCUUAGCAGAUCAUCCUGGUGGUGAAGAAGUUUUGUUAGAACAAGCUGGUAAAGAUUCCACAGAAGAGUUUGAGGAUGUUGGACAUUCAAGUGAUGCUCGAGAGGUUAUGCAAAAAUAUAAAAUAGGUGAACUUAUUGAUGAAGAUAGAAAACAAAAUAAAAAACCAGAAAAGAAAUCUCAACCAACCAUUUCUUCUAAUGGUUCUCCUGAUGAUUUUAGUAUUUGGAAAUCAUGGUUGCUGCCAUUGACAAUUGGAGUUCUAGCUAUUUUUGUUUACAGAUAUUUUAUUACUUCUUAAUAAAAUACAGAAAAAAAAUCAUAAUAUUGAAUAAGUACAUUUUUGUAAACUCAAUUUUUGGUUUAACUUGGUCUAUAUACAUAUUUUUUGUUUUAUUUUACUAUAAUUUAUAAAUACUGAUUUUGAAAAGUUGGUGGUAAGUUGUAUACAUUCAAUCCAAUAUAGUAUAUUAUCGUUAUA